ACCCAAAUUUAAGUUUCAAGCGACUACCAACACUUGUUGCUUUCUCCAUUUCACCUACCAACAUUUCACCAAACCAUAUUAGCAGUCCAAAAAUAUGAAAAACCGAAAACUUCGCUGCAUCGUGACCAAUUGCUAUAAUAGUGGUCAACAGGAUAGUAGCUCCAUGUACAAGUUCCCUAUAAAUCCGGUUGUCCGGCAGAAGUGGAUGGACAAUAUUGCGGACAUAAAAGAUAUUAACUUGUUCAAUAGUCGGGUGUGUAGGCGGCACUUUGAGACACAAUGUUUUGGCAAGACCAAAGUGUUUUCCUGGGCAGUUCCCACGCUCUUCUUGAAUACUAAAGAGGUAGUGCACCAGGUCAGUAAGCCAAGCAAGAACACUUUCGUCCGCAGGUGCAGCGUCAGGAACUGCUCUUCACGAUCGCCUUCAGAACGACUGCACUUCUUUCCCUCGAAUCCCGAAAUGCGCAAGGAAUGGAUGGAAAUAUGUCGGCUUACGUUGGACAACAAGUGGCUGUUCAUUUGCGGCAGACACUUUCGCCAGACUUAUCUGCCAAACAACAAGGGAAACCUUAGAAAAGACGCCAUUCCAGAGUUCCACUUAGGAACGGAGGAGGAGGAUCCCCUCGGAAAGACCGUCAAAAGUAUGAAAUCAUGUGCUAAUAGAAGUAAUAUCAGUUUCAAAAGCGAGGAUUCUGGCAUCGACGAGGAAAGCUUCAGGGAGAGUAAGCCUCAUAAUCCAUGCGCCAAUUGCCUUGAUCUUCAACAGCAAUUGGCAGCUGCUCAUUUUCGCAUUCAGCAGCUGGAGGAAAGAAGGCGAGAGGAGACAACAGACAGUGAUGAUGAGGAAGAGGAGGAGCACAUAUUCAUGCUAAUGAAGUAGACUACUAUCUGCAUCCCUUAAAGUACAUUUAUUUUAGUGCAUAUCCAGUUCGAGUUCAAUCAGUCGCUUGUUCGUGUCGUUGGGCAGGCGAUACGGCAUAGUGGCUGCCAUGUUGGACAGGGCUUUGGCCCGCUGCCGGAGUUUCUGCAUCUGGCUAAGUUCCAGCGAGCUGCCCGUUCCUGUCUUCAGCUGCUUGUACUGCCGCUGGGUGAUCUCCAUGGCGGCCACAAUAACGUCGGGCAGGACCUUGAUUACCUCGCCGCUAAGUCGCUUCACAUUGGCCAGAACCACAUCCACAUCGUCCGACGUGUUGGGCAUCAAUUGGGUUUGUUCGAGCAGAUCCAACGCUGCAUUCAAUUUUCCCUCAUGAUAGAAGUUGAAGAAGAUAAGCAGAUCCUGCAGCAGCACAAAGCUGUUCUUCAUUUUGGGUUCCACAUCGAUGCUGUCGCUGGCCAGCAGCUGGUUGAAUCUUUGAGCCUCUAGGCCAAGGCGUUCCCUUAACGAUCCACCUAGCGUGGGCAGGUGCACCACAUGGGCCAGCAGAAUGCAGAUGUGCUUCAAGGCCAGAUUGUACUUGCCCGCCAAUUCGUACAGCCGCGCCGACAUCUCAAAGUUACCCAGCGCAGCUAGUUCGUCGGCCACCUGACCGGCCAUGGUGCGCGUGUCGAACUCCGGGCAUUCGAACUGGCGGAAGAGUCCACUAAAAACACAAGAGACUAGACUUUAGACUGACUAAAAUAAAAGUAACAUUGCCUAA